CGCCCGGCAUCAAACGCCUGCGCAAUAAGUCAGCCUGGCGCAUUGUGGCUGUCGCCGAGCGGAGCUCUUCGCGACUCCGCGCCGUGUGGGGUCGUUAUUGACCCGCGCGCCGCCGGGUCGUUAGGCACUGGUGGCCCUGAGCGAUACGGGUCUUGUCCUAAGUCCUGGAUCCGAGGUCUGUGAGCAGCCACAAUGUCCAUCUUCACCCCAACCAACCAGAUCCGCCUAACCAAUGUGGCGGUGGUGCGCAUGAAGCGCGGUGGAAAGCGCUUCGAGAUCGCCUGCUACAAAAACAAGGUGGUCGGCUGGCGGAGUGGCGUGGAAAAAGACCUUGAUGAAGUUCUGCAGACCCACUCAGUGUUUGUAAAUGUUUCUAAAGGUCAGGUUGCAAAGAAGGAAGAUCUCAUCAGUGCAUUCGGAACAGACGACCAAACCGACAUAUGUAAACAGAUUUUGACUAAAGGAGAAGUUCAAGUAUCAGAUAAAGAGAGGCACACGCAACUGGAACAGAUGUUUAGAGACAUCGCAACCAUUGUGGCAGACAAGUGUGUGAACCCUGAAACAAAGAGACCAUACACUGUUAUCCUCAUUGAGAGAGCCAUGAAGGAUAUCCACUAUUCAGUCAAACCCAACAAGAGUACAAAGCAGCAGGCUCUGGAAGUGAUAAAGCAGUUGAAGGAGAAGAUGAAGAUAGAGCGCGCCCACAUGAGACUCCGGUUCACCCUGCCAGUGAAUGAAGGGAAGAAGCUAAAGGAGAAGCUCAAGCCACUGAUGAAAGUCAUAGAAAGUGAGGACUACGGCCAGCAGUUAGAAAUCGUGUGUCUGAUUGACCCAGGAUGCUUCCGAGAGAUUGAUGAGCUAAUAAAGAAGGAAACCAAAGGCAAAGGUUCUUUGGAAGUACUCAGCUUGAAAGAUGUGGAAGAAGGAGACGAGAAAUUUGAAUGACAUUCAUCAUUGUCUCCAGCUAUGAAACACUAAAAGCAAAGGCUUCUGCUUCAACAGCACUGUUUUAUUUCUGUGAUCUGCCAAAAACACCUGCUCAAACUAUCUGACAUUUCCUGUGUUGUGUUAAAUGUUUUAUAAGUAUAAUGUGGUAUGAUUUCAUUUUAAUUGUAAACAGGGGUUUUAGGAAAAAAUUAAGAACCCCAAAUACCAAGUCCAGAGUAGCAUUUUGCAACUGUCUCGUGCCUUUUUAGCUUUUUGAGACAACUCUUGUGGAUAAAAAGUUAAAAUUUAUACAUUAUAUAAGUAAUAUUAUUUGGGGUUGUGUCUGUGUGACAGGGAUGACUUGUAUCCUACUAUAAAACUUGGUGGUAACUUCCUGGUUACCUAAAGAUGACAUAUAAUGACUGCAGGACUUCACUGAGCAUGCUACCAUAACUUAGAUUAUUCUUCCUAAUUCUUAAAAGUUUAUAAUAUAUAUUAAUAUGGCUAAAAUUAUACGUAAUCAAUAAAACGUAUUUUUAUUAAACUUUGGCUUGUGUUUCUAAGCAGCUCACUGGUUCCCUUUCUUUCUCUGCCUUUGUGUGUGGUAGGACUGGGAAGUUUAAGUAAGAUUAAGUUUAGUGAAGAUUAAGUAAGUUAGGAUGCAGGGUGCUUAGAACGUGGCCUGUUCUAAUAAACACCUGAGAAAUCACAAUAGCAUUUGGCACAUCACUGAACUUAGUUAUUUUAGUAUUUAGA